AUACGUCAUGCGGAAGCAGUUUCGAUUGCGGAAGUGUACAGAUGCUGUAGGCGCUGCCCACCGUUGCAAACUGCUUCAGAACCCUGUAAUUUGAUCGUGUUUUGAUCCAGCUGUAUGUAGGCCUCUGGGAGCUUCAGUUAAAAGCUCAAUCGGGUAAGAAUGAAGAAGAAGUUGUUCUGUGGUCGCUAGUUUCUUUAUCUUUUAACUCGUACUCUAAAUAACUCUAGCUUUGCUAAGUUAGCGCGGCUAACGCGAUCUUAUUCAGAAACAUUGAUCACUUCAGUGACUGGGCAGGCUGGAUGACAAGAUCCCGGGGAGGGAAAACAAUAUAUGACACAUUAACACCAUGCAAGUAUAGUAAAAGACGGACCAAAUAGGGUAAAAGUAACACAGUUCCUCUAAGUAUUUAUCUAAAGAGGGCCCACAGUUUUCCAACAUGUCUAAUCUAGCUAUGGACCUUUUUCUGAAUGACAUUAUCGAGACGAUUUUUUAAUGUUUUCAUACAUUUUGUUUGAUUUUUAUUGUACGCAUGAAGAAAGUUGUUAUUAGUAUUUUAAUUCUGUUCACGUUUCUUGAGGUAGCUGUUAUGUCAGUAGUAUAAUCAGAUCUAAAAGUUUUAAUAGCAAAUGGAGAAAAGUGUCUUUUGUGGUGUGGAAUUGUAACUGCAGAUUUUAAAUGUGUCAGCUCUAUUAAAAGUUGUGAAGGAAGGGUUAAGUAAGGGUUAUAAUAUAUGAUUUACUGUGCUUAUACCAAAUGUGAUCACGGCAAGGCGUAACUACCAGCAAACUGUACAUUAUUCCGCGUCGUUACCCGGCUACCAACCAUAUAUUAAAACAAGAUUGCACAAUUUAUUCAUCUAAAAAUGAUUUUAUUCAUUAAACAAAGCAAAUAAAAAUCCUACGUUAGGUCGGUUUGCGUUUCUAUGGCAACGGCAUUCCGCUAACUUAUUUAUUGGUCAAAAUUUAAGGAAACAUAACAUUUUACUAUGGGUAUAUUUCAUUGUUGUAGGUAUAAACUUUAUCAACUGCUUUAUAGACUGUUGUAAUUUCUUAAUUAGUUUAAUUGACAUUAAACUAAACUUUUUUUCCCCACAAUAAUGUCAGGAUAUUUACCUUUUUCAGUGAUAAAACUCAUUUUACUAGUAAGAUCAAAGCACUAGCCUUUUCAUAUUGGCAUUUCCCCUUUACUUCUCUGUGAGUAUUAUUUUCUCCCUUUCUGUCUCCCUCAACUACUCCUAUAGCACUGCCAAAGCUGUUUUGUGUUGCUGUUUGUGGCUGCUUAGUCGGUCUUUUCACUGUUUUCUUCAAUUUAGUCAAAGUUUCCUCCACUGAGCCACUUAUAUGUUCGAAGAUCCUUCCUUUUUUCCAGUUGUUUCUCCUCAUUUCUCUCCCAAUGACAGCCCCUGCUUUAAUUUGUUGUGAUCUCCCAACAAAUUAAGAGUAAUAUUACAUGAUACUAAUUAAUGAUACUUUGGCAUUGUCAGCAGGAGGUGUUUGAUCAGUUGAUCAAAUUAUGAUCAGUUCACUAGAACUAUUCUGUCUUGGUUGAUUUGUGAAUUAGUGCUUAGGUUGUCUUUGGCAGCAUUGCUAAUAACCAGUUAAUAUGUAGCAUUCAGUGCACCUUUAUAUAGAAGUGGUUAGUAUGUUGACUCUGGCAGCACAAGAGUUUAUGGUAAGAUGAUAUUCUUUAAGGUGUUAUGAUGUAGAAGUAUAAGCUUUCAUAAAGCUCAGAAGCUGGCAGGUUAUUUCAACUUUGACUUUUGUGCAUCUUUAAGGUUUACCCUGAGACCUCAGCUUUUGCAAUUCAUGUCACAAUAAUGAGAUGAUGAUUCGCUUGUGGUAAAGAAAGACUGAUAAGAGCACCAACUAGAGGAGGAAAGUUCUUUUGAAGAGCAGAAUAAACAAAUAAAUGAAGCUAAAUAACUAUUUUUCCUAAAUGAGAAAUAGCAGCAAAAAAUGGGAACUUUUCAGUUCCUCUGAAUUGUUUAAAAUUGCUUAAAAAUCUCAAAUAUAAGCAAGGUUGGUUUCUUUGGGAGUACAACUAAGAGAAUUCCUGACAGCUCACUCUUAUCAGAGACACACCUCUCGAGCUUAACUGUUAACUCAUUGUCCACUCCUCUGUUCAGGCUCGCCAAGAUGCCAUCAUGACAUAAUCAAUGUGAGCCCUCUGACUGUUAGUCAUCUUGCAGAGGAGGUGCUCUCACAUUUGUCCUCAUUCCACUGGCGGAGAGUAAAAUACCUAGAGUAUGACUGAAUGAACUGUCUCUGCAGAGUCACUGUUUAACUAAAUAUACUCAGUCACAGUCAGAAAAAUGCAGGAAGAGAAGAGAGGGACAUUGUUGGUAUAGAACAACAUCAAUCCUGCACGCCUCAUGGGCUGAUUUCUGAUCACACAGUUACUCUCAAAAAGAAAUAACACCUACAAUAUUUAGACUAUAUCACAAUUUCCUUUUGAAUUUAGGUGUCACAUUUCUGUAAUCAAUAUCUCUAUUAUUUUUGAGACUUAAUGUUCAAUGAUUUUAUUGAUGUCCUUAAAAACUAUCUCCAGAUCAGUAGUUCCCACCUUUUGUAUUAAGUACUCCUCCUUCUUUGUAUCUAGAUAUUGUGCUUUUUGAUUUGGCUACUAACUAGUACCCAAAAAACAGAACUGGUUUUCUUACAUAUUUAUGCCCUGAAAUGUUAAGAUUUUAGCCUCGGUUGGAGUAUACUGAGUUGCUAUAUGGAAAGUUUCAAAUCACAGCUGAGACAAUAAAAGCUUUAGGCUUUAUAACUCAAAAAAUGCCAUAUUAAAGGAUCUGUGACAUUAGAAAGAUGACAGUCUUGUCUACUUUUGUAGGACGUUUAAAAGGCUUCACCGUAAAUCUAAGCCUAUUUUGUAUCUCAAUGGGAAUCGAUGACGAUGUUCCUGGAUGCCAUUGUUUCCUUUCAGUGUUCUGUCAUUAAAUACAAAAGGCUGUGCUAAUUCCCAUCAUGGAUGUGUGCCUGUAGCAGACAUUGUCACCCUUGCUAGUUAAUACCAAAGGAACUCAUCCAUUAAACACUAGAUAGAUAUUUUUAUUACUGUUGGCCUGAAAUUCUGGACAUGUGUUGUGUUUAAGCUGUAGUGCAGCCACCUGCCACUAGCUGGGGCUGCAGCAGGCAGUUAUGCUCUUUUACCUUAAUGUAAACAAGAACAGAUGACAGACAGCAGAGUUGUAUGAAGGCUGUGUCUGGUUAAACAGGUAUCUACCAGAGUAAUGUGUAACCUGCACAGGCAUGUACAUAUAUACCUGCAAGCAGUAGCUCAGGAGGUAGAGUGGUUGUUCAGUAACUGGAAGGUUGACAGUUUGAUUCCCCCCUAUCCUGAGUCUGUCUGUUGUGUCCUUGGGCAAGACACUUAACCCACCUUGCUCCCAGUGUGUGUCCUCCACUGGUGUAUGAUUGUGAAUGUUGUGUGGUGGUGGUCGGAGAGGCUGUAGGCGCAAACUGGCAGCCAUGUUUCCGUCAGUCUGCCCCAGGGCAGCUGUGACUACUAAGGUAGUUUACCACCAACAGUGUGUGACUGUGUGAGCGAAUGAAUGAUGUAUCCAAUGUAAAGAGCUUUGAGGGUCUCUGAUAAAGAGCUGUUCCUUUUGUAUCUUUCAUUAAUCAGUGCUUAACACCAACCCAACCCAUAUAUACUUUUCUACUUUACCUAGUCAUGGCAAAAAAGCAUUUCUGUUUUCACAGCCAUUUUAUUACCAACUCGAAACUCCUCAGAGGAGAUUGAUGAAGCAAAAAUAAUAGCAAAACCUUAGACACUAUGACUACAUGCAAAACAAAUACAAACUACUUGUUUGUCAAAGCACUUAGUAAACCCUUGUGUUUGAAAGUGCUAUAUAAAUAGUUAUCAUUAUUCUAAAUACACACACAAGAUAAACAAAAACAGAAAUGCAGCAGCAGAUAGUCUGAGUCUGUAGAAUUCUAAAUGAAAUGUUUGAGCUAUAACUGUGUGAAUGGCUGUUAUUUUUCUUUUUUCUGGAAACCCAUUAAAGUUAACCUACAUGAUAAUAUAUUAGUUUGUUUUUUGUUAUUCCUGAUGGUUGAUGUUUCCCUUACCUGCUGGGACCUUUUAAAUUGUAGGAAAAGGAACUGAAUCAAAAGAAAGUCAUGAAUGUCUGGCAGUGAACUCUUUUCCGGUUUAUAACCUGAGUGGUAAAUCCUCAUUACCUCAAUAAAUGUCUGGCUUUUGUUUUCAGUGUUCCAGAUUGAGCUGCCGGGAUGGCGGACCACACUGACGUCAGUCUGCAGCCGGAGGAGCGAGUCCGCGCUCUGACCAAGAAAGGCAGCUCAGUGGAGGUCAAUGAGGAUGUUCCUCCACGCCGUUACUUUCGCUCUGGCAUGGAGAUGAUCCGCAUGGCCAACGUGUACACAGAGGAAGGAAACAUUGAGCACGCCUUCGUCCUUUACAAUAAAUACAUCACGUGAGUGUUAAAUCAGAGGUUGAUUAACUGUGAAUCAAGACACCUCUCUCAGGAUUAGGCAGACUUCUUUUAUGUAAUAUUUUACAACAGAGAGAUUACAACAGGUUUUUAUUCCCUUUUUUAUAAAGCACAAGAUGGACAGUGAGCAGAAAGCAGAAGGAUUGUUUAUUUCUCUGAAUAUUAAGAGCAAGAGAAGACAAACAUGCAUCACUGAAUAACAACUAUCAUUUUUCCUUUUUCUCUAGGCUUUUCAUUGAAAAACUUCCAAAGCAUAAAGAUUACAAGACAGCAAACAUCCCUGAGAAGAAAGACACACUAAAGGUACGCUAACAGUGCCAAGACUAAAGGCACCCCGUUUGCGCCUGUUUGGGGCUUCAAACACGGUGCCCCAAUUAGGACAGAGAGAACUUUGAAAGGUCAAGGGGACACUUGGGAUCCUGUGAGGAUCCAACUGAGCUACUAUACCUGCGAAAGAUUAGUUUGUUUUGUAUUUUCCUGAAUGUGCAAAGUUAGACCUUUGUUAAUUUUGUCACAUAAAUCAAUGACGCUGUCUGUUUGAAAAUAUAAAUAUAAAUAUAAAUAGUACCAUCUGUGACAUGUUUUCCUUGUUUGAAGACCCAUAUUUUUGCUUAUUUGUCCUCUCCAGAAACUGAAGGAUGUGGCGUUUCCUCAAGCAGAGAUUCUGAAAAAAGCUCUUUUGAAGAGAUUUGAACAGGAACAUGCUCAGUACCUCCACAAAAAGGUAAACUUUCUUACAAACAGAAUUGUGUUUUACCAGCCUAAAGAACUUUUUUUUAAAUUCAAGAUUGGGCAUUUUGAAUUUUAAGAAAUCUGUUAUGGUUAAAAUGUUCAAUUAAAAGUUUAGAGUGUAAAAAUGGUCCGUUAGAGUCUUCUGACCAUAGACUGUAAAUAAAAUGGACGCUGUCUGCUUCCUCGCUGGGUAAAGCCACCACGAGAACAGCACCCUUUGGUGACGGGCUGCAUCCUGCCUCCUCCCGCAAUCCCUAUGGAGCUGUGGACAAACUUUAGAAAUUAAUUAACCAGAACAUAAUUUUUUCUCCCCCCUUGUUGCGAUGUUGACCUGUAGUUACUGUAAGGCUGGUUUGUGCUCAAGUCCUCUUUUUUUCUGUGCAGCUCCAUUUUAAAAGUUAUUAGGGGGUUCAUGUUAUGAAGGUUGCGUGGCUCACCCGAGGGAUAUGUUGUUUGAGCCGAGCGUCAUCUCAGUGACUCUCCCGCCAAAUGCGUACAACGUUGCUGCGCAAGUGGUGGUUCCAGAAAAUGGAGAAAAUCUAGGAAAUACCGAGAGUAAUUCGACUUCAAAUUCAUAUAAUGGUGUAGGGCGAAACCAAGUUGUCCAUGGUGUAUACAGUCUAUUCUUUUGACAGAUCCAUGUCUGUAGCAAAAUUUAACUCUGAAGCCUUCCUAAUAUUAGUCCACUCAGUUUUUCAUAAAGAAUUAGAGCAUCGUCAACUGAUGUAGUUUUCACCGUUUAGUAGGCCUGUUAUCCUGGUCAUGUAUCAAGUUUCAGCUGUAGCACAAUCAGCUGCCACUGUCGGAGGCUGUAGCUCUAGUUGAUUGCAGUUAUUCUAUAAUGCUCUUCCACCUGGAUGUAAACAAUAACAAAUAGUGUGACAAAGGCAAGCUUUAGCAGUAUUUUUAUCUGGAAAAUAGAAAUAAUCCAUUUGUAGUCUGUGUCUGGUUCAACUGGCAUAACCACUCUGCAAGGGCCAGCACAAGCAUGUGUACAUUUGCUCUGCUACCUCCACAUCAGUAAGUUUUUAUAAAGGACUAGAAAACUAUUUGCUGUCGAAGUCUGAUGACUUUUUUUCUCUUUCUUAAGUCAGCGUUGGAUGCUCCUGCAGCCCAUUCUACUCCAGUUAAAGGGUUAAGUCUUCACUUUGACCCUUUUUCUGAAGGAUACAUGUUUGUGUCUUCUCACCUCUUUUGCUCAGUCUCAUUUUUUUUUUAUCAAUCUCGUUUUUUCUCCCUCCUUUUCUCUAUCAAUCCCAGAGUCAAAGGGCUGAGCUGAAAUGAGUCAGAAUUAGACAUCUUUCUCUGGACUAAUAUUAUUGGACACAGUUCUCAAGGGUCUAUAACCAGAACUGCAUCCAGAGCAGAGGCUGUGUUGCAGAAUAAAAUAUCUGAUAGAAAUAUCCAACAAAUAAAACCUGUACUUUGAUUGUACAGUUUGUUCAGUGAAUGAAGUGAAACAUUAAUCAGCAGCUGAGUUCCACAUUUGUAAUAAAGGAAGUGUUCAGUUAUUAACAGAGUUAAGACUGGAGACUGACGCUGACCUUGAAUCGUCUCAUUUCUGUGACAGAAGGUGAAACAGCUCAACAGUCAUAAUCAAUCUGCAGCUAAUGUGGAUAAUUCCACAAAAACAUCCUGAAUCCUGAAUCUCAGAUAACUGAAGGCUAAAACAUGGUUUUUGCUUGUAUGUCUAGCUUGUUGAUAAAAACUGCUCAGAAACAGAAGUCAACUUGAAUGUGAGUUAUGUGUUUCCUAUACUUUCAGAAAGAGGAGGAGGAGGCCCUGGCAAAGGAGCAGUCCAAGCAGCGAGCACUGGAUGCUGAGCGGGAGCGUGUGGCUGAGAUGCAGCGGCGGCAGCGAGAACAGGAGCAGUUCAGUGCCUUUGAGGAGAUGAUUCGCCGCCAGGAGCUGGAGAAGGAGCGCCAGCGUGUGCUCUUAGAUUUCGCUACCCCUGUCUCGCCUUCCCCUGAUACACCCCUCAUCCCAGGCAUUGAGGGACCCUCACUGGUCUCCCCAUCCGCCCCGCAGACCCCGGGGGACCUCACUGGCAAUCACCACUACCCCCGCCCCACUACGACCAGCGGCCCGCCCAGCUUCGACCGCUCACUGAAGCCUGGCUCUCUGGUCAGCCCCGGGAACAACAGUGAGUUAAUCUUUUUCUGCCAUAAAGGGGCUGGCCUUCAGAGGAUUUAAAUACUGGCCUGCUCCUGCUUUAAAGUAUUUAUUCUUCUGAGCUGAUUUCUGUCCUCCUGACCUACUUAAUUUUCAGUUUGAACCAUGCCAUGCUUCACAACAAGACGAGGAGCUAACUUUUGCAUUCGGCUUUUGUUUACUCCUCUACAUGGUCUUUGCAGAUGCAAUGGUGGAUGCCCUUCGGCAGUUGGCUGUUCCCGCUGAGCUGUGCCGGAGCUUUCUGAGAUUGGCCGAAGCCAACACAAGCCGAGCUGUAGAAACUUGUGGCAUCCUCUGUGGCAAACUGGUAAGACGCUGAAUCAGAGCUACUGUGUUGAAUCAGCUGCUCUGAAUAGAUCUGUGACAGGAAGCACAAAGAAAAGAUAUUCAUAAGAGCUUUCAUAGGUGUUACUAUCAAUUUUUCAUGGUUGAAUUCUGUAACUCGAGGGGGUUAAAGAAAGAAUUCCCUGUUCAGUCUCUGAUGAGGAAUGUUGUGAAUGAAACAGAGACAUCAGCUGACCUCCCAAGCCAGAGGGCCAGAACAUAAUCUGCCACUUUUCACUUUGUCCCCGAUCAGCUCAAGCUUUCUUUUGAUUCAAGUAAUACUUUCCUAGUCAGGUUACUUGAAGCUUUUCCACCUUUUCAUCACCCUGACUGAGCUUUUGUUUACCAGCAGCAAACAAGUUGGUGUUUCGUUUUGCAUCAUUGAAAAAAAGUGUAUCACUAUGAGACUUUUCUUGUUCCUCCCAGACUAGAAAUGCAUUCACAGUGACCCACGUCAUCGUACCAAAGCAGUGUGGGGGACCAGACUAUUGUGACACAGAAAACGAGGAGGAACUCUUCCUCAUACAAGACCAGUAUGAUCUCAUCACCCUCGGCUGGAUACAUGUGAGUGGAGGCAGACAAACCUUUGCCAGUGCUGUCACACAGUCACUCUCUUAAAGGGAUAGUUCAGUAUAUUUGAAACACAUGUCACUAGUAAGUGUAUUAGCUACACUGGAUGCUGGUCAGCUUGACCCCUGGCACACAAACAAGGCUGCAGUUUUCUACAGGGAGGGCUGGAUCUACCUCAUAACUUGGCUCUCAUCAGGGUUCAAGUGUAUGGUCUACUGAAACUUUUAGCGUUUAACUUUGCCAUCUGAAGGAAACACCGAUGUGCUUUUCUGCAUGCAGCGCACUGAUCAGCUGUUCAAGACAGCAGGCCAAGUGUGACCAAAAAAGAUUUCAGUAGACUGGACUCUUAAACUGAGAUGGGUUUUGAGGUCAAAGUCUCCCAAAAUUAGCUCAGUCUCAUGGUAGACUUACCCCCAAUUUUCACAGCAUCGGGAACGGCUACGAAAAGGCUGUAUCCGCCGAUCACAGCUGAUCGUAACCAUUCAAGUUAAUGUGUCAAUUUCCACCGGCUUCUGCGGAUCGGCGGACUCUGCAGUUCAUUGUAGGAGAUCCAUUUUUUCCACAUACCUGAGCAUGCCGCAUAAAUUGAGCACAGAUAAACCUGUGCCGGAAAGGAAGUCGGUCACACACACAAAAUAAAACAUCCGGCUUCUUUUUAAAAUAGAACACUAUGUGUUUUAGGCAGAUCAUAUUUCACACCAUGCAAACGGGCGGGAACGAACAAGUCAAAGGUUUUUAGACAGCGUUUCACCCUGAUUACACUACAGAUGAGAAGAUGCUGAUUUUAGAGAUCCAAAAGUUGAUUUCCUCCUCUGAAAAGGACACAGUCUACUGCUUAUAUGGUUAUGUGGCUGUCUGUAUAGAGACAACUCGUUACCGCGCGUUUGGAUGUAAAUCUGUGGGUUCUUGUGAGUUCUUGCGAUUCUCGCUGUCCAUCAUCCGCCACAAAAUUUGCCUCACAAAUGGAUCCAGUAGGAAUUGGCGGAUGGCGAAAAUCGCUGCCGUUCCGGAUCGGAGCAGCUUCAGAUGUUUAAAUUGGGGGUAAGCCAAGUCUGCAGAAAACUGUAGCCUAGCCUGUGUACCGGCUGUCCCUGCAAUUUUUCAUUUAGGGGGCCAAGCCAGUAAAUCGUCAAGUACAUUAAAACACAGUAUGAACUGUUUGUGAACUGUUUGUGAACUGAAGUCUGUCCUUUGUGUGUCCCAGACUCACCCCACACAGACGGCCUUCCUGUCCAGCGUGGACCUCCACACACACUGCUCCUACCAGAUGAUGCUUCCAGAGGCCAUCGCUAUCGUCUGCUCCCCCAAGUUUAAUGAGUGAGUCAGGAACCUGCUGCGGUCCUUUCAUCAGAAACAACUCAGUGUAUUAUGAAGAGGGGAAGAUUUCCCAAGAAAGGAUUUGAAGUACCAAGAAUAUCUUGUUUGUGUUAAGGCCUAAUUCAAAAAGUAUUAUGCAAACACUCACAGCUGCUCUGUGCUGGGUCCUCCUGUUUUUGCUCAAAUCUGUCUAUAAAUUGGUGAUGGACUGAAUGGGAGAAGCUGUUAGUGUUGAGCUGAUUCGUGAUAAAUGUUAUACAAUUUUUUUAUUCAUAUCCAGUUUAGUUACUGCAGUGAGUCAGCAAUAGGCAGCUUGUUCAGAUAGAGAAGAAAAAGGGACACCUGCCUGCACAACAGCACAGCCUGUGUAACAUCUACAGCCUAAAUGUACAAGUUUGUUAUUUUUAAGACUUAAAGAGCUGAACUGAGAAUUGUUUUCAUGAUCAAUGAAAAGUUAAGGAAUGAUUGCUCUUAAAAAUGUUGAGCCCAGUUACCAUCAACUCUCAAAAGAUGAUCAGAUUUUUAUUUUAACUGCAUCUGGCUGUCAGUGACAGACAGAGGUGUUUUCUCACAGUAGAGUGGAUUUGUAAAGACAGGGCCACUUUCUCCCUAAUUCAAGGCGCAAUGGCUGGCUUUAUUGUAUGCAAAUACAAGCAGGGCUCUGUUUGCACUGCAGCACUCUUUAUCGUGCAUUUAACCCUUUGCGUGUGCUCUGUGAAUCAGAGAAACUGUUUUUUUUUUUACUUAGUUGCACAGAUUAAGUGGGUGCAAAUCCCUUAUCCUUUUUUUGAAUCUGGCCCUGCAUCUGUAACACUCAAGUGUGACUUUGUGUAUCUGUGUGUUUGAUCCAGAAUCGGCUACUUCAGGUUGACAGAUCGAGGAACAGAGGAGAUCUCCACAUGUAAACAGAAAGGUUUUCACCCUCACAGCAAAGACCCCCCUCUAUUUACAGUAAGUACAGCUCUAGUGUGAGACCCCGCCAGAGGAUUUGUUGUUAACUUGAACAUUUGUGUACUGUGAUAACCUUUAUUUGAUCAUGGAUUAUUUUUCCUCAAUCCUAUCAUUCCUAUCUUUAUGAUCAUAAAACAAGACUGAUAGAACAAACUUAGAGACUCGCCAGCAAUGGGACAGGAAUUAAACUCAGAAAAAAACUCCCUGAUUAAGGAAAUUUUUUUUCUUUUUGCACCAACAGGAAAUUCAGUUCAAAUUUUCCACUUUAUCAUGAGCCAUGCUACACACAAACGCUGAAAUAAACACACAAACAUGCAUACCAGUCUCAUGAUCUUGAGUUUGAUGUCAUGGUUUGCAGGGUACGACUGUUUAAAAACCACCAACAUUGAGGGAAAGAACUGAUCAGCCGAGAGGCAGAAGAUUUUUAAUCCUGAAACCAGACUUUAUCCAGAGUCAGGUCUUUGAUUUCUGUCUAUGCCUGGUGCCUAAUUUAGUCUUAUUAAACAAAACUUAAAUCCUCUGAGAACAACAGAGCGGAAACUUUUGUAACACUUGAGAUCAUUUUUAAAGGCUGCGAAUAACUCACAGAAUACUGGACUACUCAGAGCUUUUGUUCUCUUGGUGACCUUUGAGUUUUAAAUACCUGAAUCUCUUUAGUGAAUAGUUCUAAAAACGUUUUGGUUAUGAUACUUAUUUUGCAAAUCUUAAAAACUCAUCCAAAAAUUCAAAUCACUUGCACAUGCAGCUUUCUCUGUUCAGCUGACUGAUGUAAACCCAAAAAUCAAACCGUUUUCAAAGAGGACUCAGUCAUGUGGUCACAUAUGAUUUUAUGCUUCCUUUUCACCAUCUUACUGUGUGACUAAUUUUUUAUGUUUUUCUGACAUUUUUUUUUCAUUUUCUGUUUAUCUGAAUUUUUCCCCCCCUGUUUUUCAGACAGAUUUUUUUUUCUGUUUUUUUUAUUUUUUAUUUUAUAUAUAUAUUUUUUUGGAAGCAAACAUGGCCCACUUGUUUAGUUUAAUCAAGCUUUACUUUCUUUUGGGUUUGAGACACUGGGAGAUACUCCUUACUUUAAGUCAGAUAGAUGGAAUCAUCAUUAGUUUGUCUACUUUACACAGGCACCUCAGGAUUUGCAUCCCCUAUGUUUAACUAAUAACAUGCCUUACUCUCAUUGACGCCGUAGUUAUCUAGGAGCUGGAGAUAACGCUGAUUUGGAGCAGCCAUGGUGGCUAAUGUUAAGCUCAGGCCAUAAAUGUUGCAGUGUGAGGAAUGAACCAUAAAACAAAAUCUCACCCUGCUGUCUUUAAAUAGUCAUAUCGCUCACUGCAUCUCUUCUCCAGCUUCGUAUGCAGCAACCUGUAACCCACUAUUUCUGAUGCCUACCUCCUGGCAGUCAGAUAUAGAACCGAAUUUCCCAAACCAAAACAGAAUAAAUGUUAUAGAUUUUGCACCUGGUGGUCUUGUUUGCUUGUGUAGGUCAAAUAAAGUCAGUUUCACCAUCUAAAAACUCCUCACAGGAGCCUUAAAUAAGUCGUCAAAUCUUUGAAAUUGCACCUCCUUGCAACACUUAUAGUUUACAUUUAAAAGCUGUUUUUUUACAAGCAGUUCUGAUUGUUUUUCUGUUCGUGUGGGCAGACUUUAACUCUCAUCUGCUUCUCUUCCUCAGCAUGCAGCUCACGUCACCAUCACCGACAACACUGUGUCCAUGAUGGAUUUGCGGUGAUUUUUUAUUUUUUUUUCCUCUCCACCAGAACACUCACAGACUGUUUAAAAAAAAACUGCAGAUAUUCACCUGGAGGAAACACUCAUUUUUUUAAGGACGGUACUGAGCAGACGCCGGCCAAGUUUACCAUUUAUAUGGACUUCAUUUGUUCUCAAAGGGAACAACAUGGCGAACUUUUUUUGCUCUUAAAGAAAAAAGAAAUCUACAUAUUAUUGCACUUUCCAACAACAAGCAAACAACAUCUAUCCGCUUCAUGGACCCCUUUGUUUUUGUCAGUGUGUGCUCACGUUUCUUAAUGUUCAUUUUCUCUUUUUGCCAUUAUUAAAAAAAUGUACAUUUCGCUGUGAAGUGUCUGGUAAUUCAACUUUUGUUAUAUUAUUAUUGUCAUCAAAGUUUGGUUCUGCCUGACAGAUUAAGUGCCAAGGAUAAGAUCAUUCACAUGUUGUUGAGUUGUUUGUCGUAUAACAUGAAGUUCGGUGUCAACUCCUUGUUGUUUUUUGUCUUGUUGUGUUUCCCUCAUAAGCUGUUGAAGUGCUCUGAGUGGCGAGAGAAAAAAAAACAGCCAGUUGUAACUCAGGUAUGCAGGCAGAGUUGCUGCUCUGUAUUAUAUUUUUAUAUACAAACACUCUCACUCCACAGUACCCUUUGUUCAUGAAGGGUUUUGUUGAAGUUUAAUCCCUGCUUAUGAUAAAUCCGACACCUUCAUGUUUUUUUUUUUGUUUUGUUUUGUUUUGGUCUUUUUUUGUGUUUUGGGGGGGAAAGCUGGCGGUUAAUACCUAUAAAAUAUGUCCAAGCUUCAGAGGGGAAUGUGCGUGCAACAGGAAAUUUGAAUGUACCUUCUGCUACACGUUACUAACUGCCCAGCCUUGUUUCAUGCCUCUAACUGUUUCUGUUUGCUCCCUUCUCUCGAUAGAAGAAGUAAAUUAUUAGCCAUAAAUGUGAGAAUACCUACAAAGAAUCAAAUGCCAAGAAAAAUAAACACAUUGUAGAUUAA